GCACUGACUCCUAGCGGCAAAUAUUCUCGAUCCACUGUGGACAGACGCCAGGAAGCGAACGCGUCCUCUGUCAGAGCACUGAAGCUCGCCAUCAUGGAAUAUGGUGUACUCACAGUCAGUGACCGAUGUUACCGAGGCGAGUAUGAAGACUUUUCGGGUCCUAUGGUGCCAUGUAUGUUGAGUGGAAUCUUUGUGGAAUCCACGCCUCAUCAGACCGUCGUGCCCGACGAAAUCGAGGCUAUCCAGAGCGUGGUGUUAGAUUGGUGUCAACAGGACUUCGCACUCGUCCUCACUACUGGAGGAACUGGCUUCGCGCCAAGAGACGUGACCCCGGAAGCCGUGGCGCCUCUCAUCGAGAGGCGAGCUGAUGCUCUUGCGCAGGCGAUGAUAUCCGCUGGAUUAGAGAAAACACCUUUCGCGGCGCUCUCGCGACCUGUUUGCGGAAUACGCGAUCGCACGAUCAUAAUCACUCUCCCUGGAUCACCAAAAGCGGUCGAAGAAAUACUGACGGCAGUAGGGCCUGUGCUUCUCCACGCCGUCAAGCUUCUUCGUGGAGAGCCAACGAGCCACAUCCCCGCUGAGAAUGGAUCCGAAGAACCCGUCAACAAUGAUCCAGAAGCGAUCAGCGUUGAUCCAGAGCCCGCCGCGACCUCGAAUCAAGGAUCUCUUGUCGGACGACCCAGAGAAUCCCCUUUCCGUAUGCUCGAGCUAGAAGAGGCGAAAGCUGUCGUAGGAAGUGUACUGAUGCAACGCUUGAGGAAGAAGAGCGAUGUCCAGAUGGUCAUCCCUCAAAACGCAUUAGGUCGCUUCUGUGCUGAGACGCUGUACGCAAGCGCGCCUUUCCCGCCAUUCAGGACUUCGACCAGAGACGGGUACGCGGUCCGUUCUGAUGGCUCGCUGAGUCCGAGUGUCCGUGAAUACGCCGCAACGGCAGGAGCUUCCGUGGUAAAAGCUUCAACAGUGAACACAGAAUGGUGCGUUCGGAUCUCGACGGGAGGUGUCCUUCCCGCAGGAGCCGAUGCUGUGGUGCAGGUUGAAGAUACCGAAGUUAUCGAAGCGGAUACCGUCAGCGAUACCGAGCUCCGAAUUCAAAUCCGCAAGAGACCGAGUCCGGCAGAGAACGUCCGCGAGAUCGGCAGCGAUUUCCAAGAAGGAAGCGUGCUCGUGAAGAUGGGUGACCAGAUCAAUGCUGGAACUGUUGGGCUUUUAGUUAUGGCCGGUAUCUCGUUCGUCCCGGUGGUCGCUCCACCAGUGGUGGGUGUUUUGUCCACCGGGAACGAGCUUUCGAGCGACCAUGAUCAAAACGUCGGAAGCGUUCCCGACUCAAACCGACCGAUGCUUCUCUCAUUGUUGAAGAGUUUCGGAAUUGAAGGGAUAGAUUUAGGCGUAGUCACCGACUCCGAAGGGAGAGUUUUGCGCAAACUGAAAGAGGCGACCAAAUGUGACAUCCUCAUUACGUCUGGUGGCGUGUCGAUGGGAGAAAAAGAUAUUAUCAAAGGAAUGCUCAUGAGAUCGGGAUACGAUAUUCACUUCGGCCGAGUGAAUCUCAAACCAGGGAAACCCACGACACUCGCCAGCAAGGAAGGUCAAGUUGUCUUUGCUCUACCCGGGAACCCAGCCAGCGCAUUCGUAAUGUUCCACAUAUUCGUUCUGCACGCGUUGCACUUCCUCGGAUGCGCUCUCCCACUGCGGACACUCGAAGCAGUCAUCGACGUACCUGAACCUCUGAUCUUAGACCGCCGACCGGAGUUGAUGCGAGCGAAACUCUACCCCGAAAACGCUACUCUGAGGGUCUGUCCACUUUUGAACCAGCAGAGCAGUUCGCUGUUCCACUACCACACGGUCAAUGCACUGAUCAGUUUACCCUCGAGAGACGAAGUACAACGGCCCGUUAAAUCUGGGGAUUUGGUCUCGGUCUACUGUCUUAACUUCUGAAGAGCUCUCUGCGCAGACGGACCUCCCUGGUUAUUCCUCACGAAGGGAACAGUCCUCGAAUGAUUGAUCUGACUUCGGAAUGGCACAUGGAUCCGCUCCGAUCGGAAGUGUUCCAGAUGGGGAAGCAGGGACUAUAUCAGAGAGAGCUUCGACUUCUAAGCAAACGAAAUUCCGCAUCCCGAAGCCCCGCGAUCUCUAUAUUCGAGUGUACAUAAGAGUUGAGUUAAUCGGGUGCGAAUGAAGAUGCAAAUUCAGGUGUAG